ACUGAACAUUUUGAAUGAACUGAGAUUUCCUUUCAUUCUAACAAUCUUUUUGUUACAUCUGAAAGUCGAAUUAUUUCGUAAAAUUAUUCACAAAUAGUUGAUAUAGCUUUUUGAUUCUUUGAAUGUUUUAGUAAAAAAAAUGUUUAAUAGUUCCGUAGCCGUAAAUACAGUAAUGGGACUAAUGUCUCAUUUGAAUGCUUCUGAACUCAAAGAAAUACUUAAUGACGAUAGUAAAUUUGAACAAUAUGCAAGUGAAUUAAAACCGGUAAGUACUUAAGAUUACUAACACUACUUAUUUUCAUUGCCUUCCUGUUAAAAAUGUUCACAUUUUUUUUUGUUUUAGAACAAAGAAAUAGAGACUGAAAAGGAAAUGUUGAUUGCGAGUAAUCGAUCUUUGGCUGAUUUUAAUCUUACUAAAGAACCAGAAUUAAUUAGUGGUAAAGAAAGAUUAUGUGAAAUGUACGAGGAUGCAGAAAAACUAUACAAGAGUGUUACACAAAAAGUAAAUACUAUAAGUAAGUAUAUUAAAUUAUAGUAGUCCACAUGUAUUAACUAUAAACAACACCCAUUCAAAUGCCAUAAUAUGUGUGAUUUCAAUUAUUUUUCAAUUAUAUAACUUAAAUCUUUACUAAAAUAGAUUGUUAUACAUAAAUGCAAGAUAAAUUAUUAGGAUAUACCUAUCGGGUUAGUUUUAAACCUAACUUAUUAUAAUAUACAAGUUGUUUUUUUUUUUAACAGUAGAUCCAUAGAUCAUGUAUUCUCAUCUAUUGAGCAUACUUUGUCCCGUGAAUAAAUUUGUCUAAAUAUGAGUACAUUAUAAAUGAUAAUAGCAAUUUAAUCUCUGAGUUUUAUUUUAUUCAAAUAUAAUAAUUUAUACAAAUAAUAUAGCCAAUAAAGGUAUUAACCAGGGCCAAUAUUUGUAUGCAUUUGCAUUUAUUAUUGGUUGGUUAAAAAAAUAUCUUAUUUAUACUAAGAUGUGUUUCAUGAUCAAACGAGUCUUUACACAUUUUUAGAGCAUGUUUUAAUAAUUGCAUACAUAUUUAAGAUUUUGUAUAUAUUUAAGACAUUUUAAACACAACAAACAGGCUGAUUAUAUACUUUAGGUACCCGUGUUUUAGACAAUAUAAUAUUAUUUAAUAAUUUGUUCAUGAAUCAUUUACAAUAUAAAAUAUAAAUAAGCUAAAAUAUUAAAAUAAAUUAGAAUUUAUUUGUGUACCAAUAAGCUGCACUGAUUUAUUAACGACUAUUGGUAAUUUUAUCUUAUGGGCGGUGUAAAUAACGCUCGUGCACCUGUUUGAAGGUUAAUAGGUUUUUAGGAAAUAUUUUUGUCAGAUAGUAACAACUUAUAACUAAUAAAAUAACAUUACCAAUAAAUUGCAUUUAUAAAAAUGAAUCAUACUUGUAAUAAUUUUAACAAGUGUCACAUUUUAUUGAAAUAGGUACUUGAAUAUCAUUAGAAUUGUAUUAGUAUUCUAUUACUCAAUAAUUGUUUACCCAUUUUUUUUUUUUUUUUUUAAUUUUUAUAAAAUUAAAUAAUUUAUUUAAAAUAAAGAAAUUUUAACUUAAUAUUUGAAUAGAUUGUAAUAAAUGUAUUGCUUAUAAAUUAUGUGCUUUAUUUAUUUAGAUUAUAAAAGUAUAUUGCCCUUUUAAAAAUAAUAUAUAAUAUAAUCAAUUUAUUUUUCAGAACAACAGAUGGGUAGUAUGAAUCCAGAAACUAUAUUAGCUGUGUUACAAACUUCUGCCUGUGAAACUGAAGAAGAUUCAGAUGUGAGCUCUAAAUCUUAUAAAAUUAUAAAAUAAUUGUUUAAAUUAAUUUUUAUUAUUUUAGAAAUUAGCUGAACAGUUUUUAAGUGGUGCAACUGACUUAGAUGGGUUUUUGGAAGAGUUCCUUAAAAAGCGUAAGGAUAUGCAUAUGCGUAAAGCUAAAGCGGAUAAAAUGACCGAAUUGCUGAGCAGACGCAAUAGUUCCUACAGGCCAAUAAGCGAUAAUAUCCAACAUUCAUUUUCUGGAUAUCCACAAAUUGGAUAUCCUCCUGUACCUUAUUACCAAUCAGCUCCAAUGCCCUAUCCAAAUGUACCUGUUAAUAUGCCCAUGCCAGGUAAUCCAUUCAUAAACAGACACUUUUAAAAUA